ACCUUCCUCCUUCGAAUCGGACGUGUCGCGCGGUGCUCGUUCUCAUUGUCGCUCCUCCUCUUUCUUUUUUCGACUUCCGUAAAUGCCGUUCAUUCAUUCACUUGUCCGCUGCUAAUAACGUGAUCGCAUUGGACGAAAAAAAGUGCGUGUCCUCGUUGGUGCCAGUCUAGUAAACGAUUUAAUACGGUAUCGAGGGAAAAGGAAAAGCCAACGCAUCAGGAAAUUCACGAAUCGUAUACUUUUACGCAUACUACUUCGUAACUCUUUCACAGAUACAUUGCGUACGCGCGAUUGGUCACUGUGAUUCCGUUCAGCCACUUUUACGAGCACCUACAUACAAGAAAAUACGUUUAGAUGAUCAGAAUGUAUCGCGUGCUACUUUUUCUCGUCUCUAUUUAUGGGAGUAUUCGCGGAAACGCCGUCUCGCAAUUCCCCAAUAAAGGAAACGUGCCUCAUCAAUAUCAUUCGCGUUUCUUGAUGUACGAGGAGCCAUACAACAUUGAGUUCAAGUAUCACAAUUACGAGCAGAUGAGCCGCUUUCUUCGCGCGACGUCCCUUCGAUUUCAAAAUCUCACUGCGCUGUACUCUAUAGGAAAGUCGGUGAAAGGUCGCGAUCUAUGGGUAAUGGUAGUGUCGUCAUCGCCUUAUGAACACAUGAUCGGAAAACCCGACGUAAAGUAUAUCGCUAACAUACACGGAAACGAAGCUGUUGGACGCGAAUUAAUGCUACAUCUCAUUCACUUUUUCGUAACGUCAUAUGGAUCAGACCCAUAUGUUACGUGGCUAUUGGAUAACACGAGGAUUCAUAUUUUGCCAUCAAUGAAUCCUGAUGGCUUCGAAGUUUCUAAAGAGGGAAAGUGCGACGGUAGUCAAGGCAGGUACAAUGCCCGUGGCUUCGAUUUAAAUCGCAACUUUCCUGAUUAUUUUAAACAAAACAAUAAAAGGAGUCAGCCAGAGACCGAGGCUGUCAAGGAAUGGGUUUCAAAGAUACAGUUCGUACUCUCGGGCAGUCUGCACGGUGGGGCGCUCGUAGCUAGCUACCCCUUCGACAACACUCCAAAUGCGCGAAUAUGUCGAUCAGCGCCACUGUGUGCAGUGUUUCAGAGUUUUAGACCAACGCCGAGUAUUUCGCCAGACGACGACGUGUUCCAGCAUUUAUCGUUGACGUAUUCUCGAAACCAUGGAUCUAUGUAUCAGGGAUUAUCGUGCUCGCCAUCCCAGCCCGCAUUUAAGCGUGGAAUUACUAACGGCGCCGAAUGGUACCCGCUUACCGGUGGAAUGCAAGACUUCAACUACGUUUGGAAUGGAUGUAUGGAAAUCACCUUGGAACUAUCUUGCUGCAAAUAUCCAUUGGCAUCGAACUUGUCAUAUUACUGGGAACAGAAUCGAGCGCCCCUAAUCAAAUUUCUGGCAGAAGCUCACAGAGGUGUUCAUGGCUUUGUGAUCGAUGAAAAUGGUAAUCCCAUUGAGAGGGCGUCUGUUAAAGUGAAAUCUCGAGACGUUAGCUUUUCAACAACUAAAUACGGUGAAUUCUGGAGAAUCUUGCUACCUGGCAUUUAUAAAUUGGAGGUAUUCUCAAAUGGGUACAUACCUCGUGAGGUGGAAUUUAUGGUAAUCGAACAGCACCCGACUCUUCUUAACGUUACACUUUACUCGGUAAAAAGGCAGUAUGAGGAUGAGAGUGGAUCUGUUUUAUAUAACGGAAAUACCGGUGGAAGACCUUACCCUCCGCAUCGAGACCACACGUUACAUUACCGACCACAAUCAGGUGCCAAUACUGCAGCCGAUGCCAACAGCGGUAUCUUUUCAUCUAUCAGUAAUGGAUUUAAUACCUUUGUGACGAACCUCUUUGGGUAAAUCUCUCUUGGGAGAGAGAGAGAGAGAGAGAGAGAGAGAGAGAGAUGUAUGUGCGAAUAUGUAAUUAGUUAUUUAUUUGAUAUUAUCAUACGUUAAAUGAAAUGAAUAAAUGGUAAGUUUAUAGUUAUCGCACAGUGAGAGCUCUACCGCAUGUUAAAUUUGUUAUGUUAACAUUCCUGCAUUAUGAGAUAUUUAUGUAUCCGCUAAUGUAAAAAAUGUAUAAUAUAUUUAACAAAGUAUAACUUUUAUUAUGUUUAUAAAAACAAAUGUACACACGCGCAUACACGUCUAUUACCAUUUUAUGUAUAGUUACCAAUGCAUUUAAUACAAAAGAUAUAGUGCGUAAUACCUACAAUUAUA